GGUUGCCAUGGUGAGGAGCGACUGCGCGCCCCCGGGUUGCCAUGGUGAGGAGCGGCCGCGCGCGCCCCCGGGUUGCCAUGGUGAGGAGCGGCGGCGAGCGAUGGCCGAGGUUCAGCUGCCGGCCGAUGCCGGGCCCAAGCUGGAGCUGGAGCCGGAGCUGGAGCCGGGGGCCGAGGCCGAGGCCGACUCUCGCUCCCUCUACACCGUGUUCGCCGGGUCCUCGCCGGAGGACGUUGCCUACGCCAAAGUGUUCUGGAGCUCGCUGUCGCUGCAGCCGCCACUCGAGUCCCGUCUGGUGUCUGGAGACAUCAAGCAGCGGCUGAAGGCGGCGCCGCCCGCAGGGUGCAAGCCCUCCAAAGAUCAAUGUUGUCACUGUCAUCCGAGUGAGGCAGACAUCAAAUCCAAGCAGCUACUGAUUGAAGCCUACAUGCAUGAGAAAGAAGAUGAAAAAGCAAGAUAUUUGGAGAAAGCACAGAAACGAAUAGAGAUCUUGGAUUUAAUCAAGAAACAAAAGGAGGAAAGAAUAAAGAAAGAACUAGUGGCUCUUCCAUACAAACCAAAGAAAAUCAUGCAAUCGCAACCGUAAGUGUAUAUUGAUGUUACAAUAAAUAAACAUUUAAUUGAUUUAA